UUUGGCUCGGCAGCUUUCCGUGUCUCAGCGCCCUGGACCGCGGACCGCCCCCGCGGAGCGACGAGCGACAUGGGCGCCAUGAAAGUGCCGAAGACGGCGACGGAACGUUUGCUCCUUUGGACGGAGGGCAAGGCGCCGGGACAAGCGGCUCGGGAACUCAAGGAGCUGCCAUCGCACUUCUCGCUCGAGGGACCUCACCUCUUCUGGCGUGCAGGAUCGCCGGAGGUGAAGAUGGCCUUUCUCGGCACCGGUGGAAACUUCUUGCUCAUCGGCUCCAAGUGGAACGUGGUCGAGGACUACGUGGAUUUGAGCCAUCUCACCGUCUCCGUCUUGGGCAACAUGGUCUCGUUGUCCGGAGGGCAAGAUACCGUGCUGCGGAUCUUCUGUCCGGAGCCGGAGAGUGUGCAGACGUUCUCCGAGCAGAUCAGGGCUGCUAGCUACAUGCGCGUCUCAGACGAGUACCUCAAGGGGCUGCAGGAGCACAUCAAGAGCCGAAAGAAGGCCGACAAGCGUCGCUCCUGGGCCAGUGCCUUUGGUCGCUGGACCGAGAAGAUUUGUGGCGCCCGGAGCUCUCCGACGGGCACCCAGGCGGAGGCAAUGCUGAAGCGCAAGCCCUCCCAACGCUUCGACGGAGCUGAGGCGUCCUUUUUGGGCCGCUUCUACUUGAAGAGCACCUGGACCGAGGCCAAUGGGAAGAUCCACGUGCACGGAGAUGCACUGAUCUUGCAGAGCCUUGGGACGGAUGGCGAGGUCAAGCACUUUGCCAUUCCUUUGACAGGCGCCACGGCCACCACCGCGGGCUUCAUGGUCUCGGUGCGACGCCCGGACGGGCUGGCCCUGCUGCGACUGUGGCUGGACAGCAGCGAAGAAGCCGAGGAGCUGACGCAGCGCAUCAUCGCCACGGGCGAGGCCUCCGCCCAGCUGGUGCAGCGGAAGAUCUUGCCCCAGGCCUCCACCGUCAGGCGGCAGAUUGGCCGAAUGGCCGAGAGCUUGUGCAACUGCACCAUGCAGGUGCCGCAGGGCUUGAGGGCUGCCCUGGUCCCCAAGGGCGGCUGCUGGGAGCGCAAACCGAAGAGGGUCAUCAAGGAGGAGGCCUUCGUGCUGGAUGGGCGAUGUUCAAUCCUGCGCGCCAAGUCAGAGGAGGUGCACGCCUGCCACGCGGUGCUCCGCGGCGAUGCGCUUUGGUUUGGCCGCAAGGCUGGCGCCUGCGACCAGGUGAUGAGCGUGGUGUCCGCCACGGUGCUGCCAUGCGAGGGCAUGGUGCUCAUCAAAACGCGCACGGGAGAUUGCCACAGGCUUUGGCCUGAAGAGCCUCAAGAUGCCAAGAAGUGGAGCGACGCCAUCCAGGUGGCUGGGCAGAUCUCCAAGGACUUGGGGAAAUGGGAGGCGAACAAGAAGUCGGCCUUCUACGCCGAGACCGCACAAGAGAAGGUGCGCACGUUGGCACGUGGCCGGUGCUUCAGGAUGGCUGCAGAGUGGAUGAGCUCCAGUGCCUCCCGGGUGGCCAGCCUCAUCUGCUCCGAGCGCACCACUGCCACCCAGGUGUUGAUGAUGUGGCAGGAGGCAUCGCAGAUUCCUCACGAGAUCACCCCCAGCACCAAGGCCUAUCCCUCGGUCGAGGCCAACUUCAGCCGCCGCGCGGGCGUCACGGGCAAGUCCGUGCCGAGGACGUUGGAGGUGCGAGGCGACGUGAUGUUCGUCUUCGACCAGGGCAAGAUGGAGAAGCCGGUGAUGCUUCAAGGCGCCAAUGUGUUUGUGAACACCGACCGGUACAACGUGGUCUCGAUUUGGUUGAAUGGAGAGAUGCAGGCGCGGAUGUUCAUCGAUCAGGCGGAGGAGGCUGAGAGUUGGGGACAGCACCUGGCGAAGGGCACCAAGGUGGUGCAGAACGCUCGAGCGCAGAGGAUGGAGGAGGAGGUGCCGCCACUCCCAGACACCAACAGCCAGCCCAUCUUGUCCCGCGGCAACUCCUUCAGGGUCACCACUCCCACCAAGCUGUCCGAGCAGGAGCACAAGAGCUCCCAACAGUUGGCGAAGAGCCGUUCUCGGCGCUUUGUGGAAGCACCACUCGAUCAGGCCGUGGGCGCAUAGGGCCACGCUGCCGGCGCACAGCCGGGGUUCCGCGUCUUAGGUGGGGCCCCACGUGACCGGUUGCGCGACCGUUCUACGGCGUGAUGGAGCCUCCGUGAUCGACCCCCCUUGUCUCUGUUUGAAGAUGGACCGUUUGGUGGCUGAAUUCGGUUCGAUGAUGUGCGGAACAGCAAAGAUUUUUGAUCAUUUUCCACUUCCAUCCGCUCUUUUGGACCAUCAACCACCCCAAAGAUGGUCCAACUUCCUAUCAAAAACAGCAGCUCAUGUCCGGGUUGGAUGUUUGGGUGGACAGAGGGGGCAGAUUGGUGACCGGUCCGACGGGGGACUCUUCGGUUCCCCGAUUCACCUCUGUCCGGUUCACCCCGGUUGACCCCGGAGCGGUAAGGACGUCCCGUAUCCCGAACGUGGACGAAGAGUUUGGAAGGCAAAAAGAUUGCCAGUAUGGACUGCUCCUUUCACGGCCAGAUCUCUUGGUAGAUAUCGUGGCCCAAAAACACUCAGCCUGCUUCAUCCCAGCCGCAUGUGGCUGAGUGUUCCAUGCGGGCCAACUGCGGUCCGGACGAACCGCGGUCGGCCCGGACGAACGGCGGAUGGGACGGUCCUCGUUGAGCAUGGGCCACCACACAGGUUCAGCUCCGGAGAACGUCCGAACGUCCAAACUUCCGGUGUUUGUCAGACGUCAGAUGUAUGUUUUCAACUCAGUCAGGCGGACGUGGAAUCAUGGAAGUGGGCGCCAAGAAAACAUCCCCCAUUGGAUGAGCAGAAUGAACAUUCUCCGAUCACAUGCGCACGUCGUGCACUGUACGACGUCCGGUCGUUCUUCUCAACAAGUUGGCAAAAGCCGGGUGAAGACCAUACAAAACACUCAGGGAGUGUUGCUCUCUCGCGCGAUCCGCCGAUCCCGUACACCAACGAUCCCUGGCGUAGCGACCCCAAAGCAGUGGUUGUCGCGACCCUCGAAACCGCAGUGGUUGUCGCGACCCUGUCCCCUCCGUUUUGGAAGACACACCUCAUCAGACCGGUGCUUCCUGCGGUUCAGAAGGGGCACCACCUCUUGUUGGCACCGAGAUCCGGGCGCUUCUUCUUCGUCCCGGAAAGCAGAGGACGUUGACGUCUUCGCCCCCGUCCAGGUGAGUUGGUCGCGGCUUCAGACCGACACGGAGUUUUCCAAGUUUGAACAGCACGGCGGCGUGUGGCUGGAACGACAUGAGCACGUUCAUGCCAUGUUCUCUCUUUGUGCAUGUUCAUUUCGCCUGCUUGCGGAGAUAGAGGUUUCCCAAGCUCGGAUGUUAAGAGCAAGGUCGUUCAAGAACCCGCCCCCUCGGAAAUCAGAGAAAGGUGUCACACUUGCGGUCGUCUUGUCCUUCUGGGAGGAUGGGUGCAUGUGAAAUGUCGGAACGUGAUCCAAGCCGGUGGGGAAUUCACUAGGUCACCCGCCCGGCGCGUCUCCC